AUGAGGGUCCCGAACACCGCGCUGAUCACCGUGUUAUAUUUGGCUUGGCCGGUGGUUGGCAGCAGGAUAUCACUGGGCUGUUUGUUGUUUAUGCAGCCGUGUGUUUCACCAGAGAUCUGCAAAAGUGAGCUUCUGAGAAAUAUCUGCAGCUCUAAAGAUAGCGGCUGUGAAACGCUGAGCUCUGAGCGCUGUAAUGUGACUAUCCAGGCAUUAUUAACCCACUACUCAAACUGCAAGCACGUGUGCACAGAGGAUGACCCAUGCAGUACUCUACAGCUGCUGUCUUCUUCAUGCCAGUCAUACUCUGGUACAGUUUAUUUAAUCCUCAAAUUGAUCCUCUCUCUCUAUCUGUUCCCAAACACAGAUCCUCGCUCAGACUCAUCCUGUCUGCAGGUGAUGACCAGGUGUGUUGGGGAUGAAGUGUGUAACAGGCAGCUGGUGCCGUUUGUCCAGUCCUGCUCUGAGACGCAGUGUGAGGGCAGUAGCUGCAGGUUGGCCACCAGAAGCUUCUUCACAGGCCUGCCCCAGAACACGGCUGAGAUGCUGAUGUUCUGCCAGUGUGAGGAAGCUGACCAGGACUGUCGAGACGUCCAAAACAUCCUGCAGUCAAGCUCCUGCUCAGCAAAUCAGACGCCAUGGAACUGCCUGGAGAUGUUAGAAAGCUGCUCUGCUGAGAGGCUCUGCAGGCAGACGUUUGAGGGGUUCUUGUCCAAGUGCUUUGGCUCUGAGGAAGCUUCUUUUAGUGGAUAUUCCACGAGGGAACUGUUACACCUUAUAGAUGCAGACUUCUUCCGUAGUGGAGACAAAGAAUGCAGGAAGGCCUUUGUUGCAACAAUGGGGUCUCCACUGCAGAGCCCAUGCACCUGCCAUGGACUUCACCAUGAGAACUCUUACAGAUGCAACAUGCUGAAGCAGGCCGUUCAAAACAGAACUCAAUUCAGUAAGUAUUUAUGCAGUCUUUAUUUCACCACAGCCAGUAACUAA